UCGACAAUCGCAGUCUCAGUCAUGGCGUUUUUAUUGCCAACGACGUUUUAUCUGUUCACAAUUCUAUUUUAUUCAAUAUCACACAGUCUUUCAAUUGAAAGUAGUGCAGGGUAUCCCGCUGGUUGGAAUCAGGAGCAAUCGUAUUUUGGACCACAAGGAUAUCGAGCGCCUAUUCCAACAAUCGGUAAUCUUUGUAACAAUUUGGACCUAUUUCAACAUCGGAAGUUAAUAUGCAUACUCUGCAGAGGAUUCGAUCGUUCAUGUCUAUUUCCAUCAAUAAUGACUUCUACGACGAGCACGACGACUUCUACGACUCCUUCGACUACCACUUCGACUUCUACAACAUCCACUACGACUUCUACACCUCCUACAACUCCAGCUGCAGAGAAAUAA